AAACACAAUGUUGACUAUAUUGCUUUACAUCCUUCUUGAGAAAUCGACAAGUGUCAUUUUUAGAUUUUUGUCUUUACAGUAAUGGAUGGUUCAAUCAGCAUUCUCUAAACGGAUGGUUAGUAGUCUCAAUGUCCGCCUCACAGAGUGUACAUCUGCUCGCAAUGUCCCAGCCACACCGCAUCAAGUUGUCCUGUGUUAAGAUUUGAUUGUGAUAGACUAGUCACAUAAAGCAGCUUGUCUUCGAGAGCACCUGUGCACGACACAUAACCUUGUGUGGAAAGUUUGAGAUACCGGGAAACUUUCCGGAAACAGGCUUCUGUACAUGGAUCGAACAGAGAAUCCCUCUUUAGGAUCGAACACCCACACCAACCUGCAAGGACCCGUAGAAAUCUAUCAAAGAGGCAAAUUUGACAGGAAAUUAAAAAGAUCAAUCCUCUCCCUCACGGCCCCCCUCUCAAAGAAAUAUUUAAGGGAAUAUUCCAACUUACAGUUUCCGAACAGGAGAUGAAGUCAGAAACCCAGCCAUUGGGGAAGGCGGAGAUGGAAGCGACUCUUGAGAAAGCUUCUGUUAAGGUCACCCCUCGAUUCCACCGAUCAUGCCAGAACGAGACCCAAGCACCACCACCCGAAUCAAUAUAUAGGCGAACCUCCAAAAAUUUCUCAUUUCCUUCAAGAUAGACAUCCAAAUAGACCAUCCAAUCCUACCACUUCCUUGCCCAGAAAUCCAAAUAGAAGAGGUGUCUAGGAACUUAAUACUUAUCAAUCUCCUCCACCAUGCAUCGCGUUCAAGAGCAAACUUCCACAUCCACUUUGAGAGGAGGGCAGUAUUCAUAUAUACUUUCCAAAUCAAGAAUUCCCGAGCCACCUGCUCCAGCUUGUGCUUUACAUUGUUCCAACCCGCGUGUUCCAACUAUUGUCAUAAAUAUUCUUAUCCAAAACAUAUUUGUAAGAAAUAUCAUAUUUUUCUCUUGUGGUUUCACUAACGUAAUGCAUUCUUCUACUUAAAAUUUAGACGUAUGUUUAACAUAAGCUACAAUUCACAUAAAUUUUUUUUAGUAUACAAUUUUAGAAGAAUAAAAUAUUAUGAAUACGUUCUCAUCUUAGUUUAUUUCGGCAAAUGUUUGUGGAAACUAUCUGCCUUAACACGCGUUGGCCGUCGGCGGAGGAGUACUGAUGAGUGAUGAGUGAUGACUGAUCGAACGAAAUUCACUGCAGUUUAAAAAAAAAAAAAAACUUUACGUGCCAUUUACGGCACCAUGGAUAUUAAUUUUACACGCCUGCUUUACCCAUCACCACAGCCGCCUCUUAAUAAAUAAAUAAAUAGAGGAAGAAAAAUUCGGUCACCUCUAUACAUACAUACAUAAACCUCACUAAACAAACCAAAAUCAGCACACUGCCGGUUCGUCGCGAUGGAGAUGAACUACACGGCGUCGCUUUUCCCUGCUGCUUUCAUCUCCUCAUCCUCAUCCGCUACGAUGACCGUGGCGGAGGACUGCGACCACCACCACGCGUUGACCGCCGUCGGCGGAGGAGGAGGACUGAUGACGGAUCGGUCGACGGCGGAGGAGGAUAAGGCUCCACGUGGAUGCUCGGAUCUGGAUGAUCAGAAGAAGAAGAAGAAAAUGAUGGGCGGUGGGCAGAAGAAGGCAGAGAUUAGUAAGAAGACGAAGACGAAGAAGAAGGGCAAUAAUAAUAAGUAUGCGUUUCAGACGAGGAGCCAAGUGGACAUACUCGACGACGGCUACCGCUGGAGGAAGUACGGCCAGAAAGCCGUCAAGAACAACAACUUCCCCAGAAGCUACUACAGGUGCACAUACCAAGGGUGCAAUGUGAAGAAACAAGUGCAACGACUGACGAAAGAUGAAGGUGUGGUGGUGACAACCUACGAAGGAGUGCACUCCCACCCAAUUGAGAAGUCCAUAGACAACUUCGAGCAUAUCUUGAAUCAGAUGCAUCUCUAUGCGAACGUUUGAAUUAUAUAAUUAUUUGCUCCAUCAACCAUAUUUGUACAUUAGUUAUUAUCGUUACAUGAACCAACGUCAUCAUUUUUUUAACCUUCUGUUUGUGCCACGUACCCUCCACGCCUCGUAUGGUUCCCCCACCUCUUUGGACCCCUCUGCGUCCUCCCUACGCGUCGUUAACCUGCACACCACGGCGCCCAGCGAACCCCUUGGCUGGGGUUCGUUAGCACUCCGACGCCCAAGUCAGAACGAACUUUCUAGAGAGAGAAGUGAGAUGUAAGUUUAGAGAGAAGUUGGAACCUGAGUAAAUGAGCUCCACCCACUUCACUAUUUAUACUCGGGGUAGGGCCGACCAGUGCCCCCCAAAUCCGCCCCACGUCAUCACCUCCUUAAAUGCACUGUACCUUUCUGUCCUCAGGCGCCCUGCCAUUCUGACACCAAUCUUGGCCCCGAAGGCGCAUGGCCCCACCUCUUGUCCCCUCCGUACGUCCCUGGCCGUUACUUCCCCUUUUGUCGUUAUGCGCCUUGUUUCAGGCGGUUCCACGACCUGGGCCAUGGCCUUUAGCCCUUUUCUUGGCCCAGGCCCAAGCCUACUUCUUAGUUCCUUGCUUGGGCCACUCACUGUGUGUCCCCCAACAAUUGCCCCCCAGUUAGGCGCCUACCGCGAGGUGGGGGCCUAACUAGCCCAGUCGCUUUCCGUGACGCCUCCCUGUUUCAGUACACCCUCUUUGGCUCCCUCUUUGGCUCCCUAGCUCGCUCCAGGGCGCGCGCCCUGCAGACGCUCCUCCUUUCAUGGUACGCUUUAGGUUCUUUCCCCCAUCCUGCCAACCAACGCGUUCUUCUCUCCUCCUUAAUUGUUUAAAAAAUUCUACGCUCUUUG